AUGAUGGGAAGUAAACGCUACAGGAUAACUAUAUUUCUACGUAUUAUUGGUUCAUUACUCUGCCUGCUUGUUAUUUUAUUUGGUGGAAGUUUGAGUGGUUCCACAGGAUUUACAUUAGCCACAUUUGAAUAUAUGGGAGAAAUUUUUGGAAAAUAUGUAUUCUUUGGUGGAAUAUAUACUAUUCUAGCCUGUGGAAUAUUCACCAUCUUAAUUGGUUUAGUCAGUUUUUAUAGUUUUACUCAUGUGAAUCGAUUUGCAGCCAUUCUGGCAUGUGUUGGAUUAAUUUUUCUCAGUGUUGUCAUUGGAUGCACAUCGAUGAUUGUUUAUGUGUACCCUAAAACUAUGACAGAAUUGAUAUACAAUCGAAUGUUUGACACAUUUCCAAAUUAUGGUCAAGUUAUGACAAUAACACACGCUUGGGAUUUCAUGCAAAGUUAUCUAAGAUGUUGUGCUAUAAAAGAUCGUGGUUGGUCAGAUUACAAUCGAACUGUCUGGUAUAAACUGACCAAUGUUGAUGUUCACUUUCGUGAGGAGUUUAUUCCACAUACAACUCCUUACUAUCAAUUUGUACCAGAAUCAUGUUGUCAAACUAUAAUUGAUGGUUUAACUGGAUAUCCAUUAAAAGUUUAUCGAAAUAAGAAAAGGUGUCAAAAUUGGCAAUACGGUCCACCUAUGUUUCAAGAUGGUCCACAUAAUGAUGCAUUGUAUUAUCGAGGUUGUUUUUAUCUGUUUGUUGACUAUGUCAAUACGUACAGUGGAUAUAUCCUUGGAAUAGGAUGUACAGUUACAGGAUUACAUGUGUUUAUAUUCAUAAUAUUGUUAUACACAGAACUAUUAUCAAAUCGAAGUGAUACACUGAAAUAUCAUGGUAAUUCAUUGAAACAAAAUCAUCAUUAUCAAAUAAGCAGAUAAUUAAGAAGGUGGUUAUAUCUUAGAAGUUGAGUUUCAUAGUUAACAGCCAACUGCUCCGUUACGCAUUCUAUUAAUUUCUAACCAGCACCUUCUUAAUUGAGAAGCACUAUUAACUCUCUAUACAAAAAUUGUAAUUAUAGGUGAAGCACAGUCUUCAAGUUGUAUGUGCAAACUAUUAAAGUGCAAUAUAAUUUCUUUACAUAUAUAUUUUAUGAUUAAUGCUGCAUUUAUCUUUUAAAUAACUAAAUGUAAUGAACACUUUUUUUCACUUGUAAUGCCUUCGAAUCCUCUUUCUGUCAGUUUAGUGACAAUUUUGUUAUACAACAAGCCUGACAUGUUGAAUAAUAAACCGGAUUUUUUAAUUUAUUUCUAACUUUAAC